CGUGAAAAUGUUGGGGUUUGAAAAUUUCCCUGAAUAUGAAGUUCCCGGAGUGCGCCAGGUUCAGUUUUAUCCGUAUGAAUCCAACGGAGGGAGCGUCGUUGCAAUCGCUGGAGACGAUUUCGCUGUGAUUGGAGCCGAUACUCGCCUGAGUUCGGGAUACUCCAUUCAUACUCGAACACAGAACAAAUUGUUCCGUAUGUCAGAGCGGACGGUACUCGCAUCCACUGGAUGCUGGUGCGACACACUGGCUCUGACCAGUUUGGUCAAAGUGCGCAUGCAGAUGUACAAGGAUCAGCACCAAAAGAAUAUGUCUACGCCCGCCGUUGCUCAAAUGUUAUCCAUUCUGAUGUACAAUCGACGAUUUUUCCCCUACUACGUGUCCAACGUUUUGGCAGGACUGGACGCUGAUGGAAAGGGUGUGAUCUACAGCUACGACCCGAUUGGACACUGUGAAAAAACCACCUACCGCGCCGGUGGGUCGGCCGGACCAUUAUUGCAGCCUGUCCUGGAUAAUCAGAUCGGCUUGAAGAAUAUGGUCAACGUAACGCCCACUCCGGUGCAGCUGGAUAAGGCAAUCUCUAUUAUAAAGGAUACGUUCAUUUCCGCUACGGAGCGUGAUAUAUACACUGGGGAUUCGGUUGUUAUCAACAUUAUUACAAAGGACGGCAUUAAGGAAGAAGUAGUGCAGCUCAGGAAGGAUUAAAUCGGUUUGGUAGGUGAGGACGGAUGUUUUCCAUGUGAGUUUCAGUUUGUCUUGAACUAAUAAAUUUGAAAAAAAAAUCA